AUGGUUCAAAAAUUGUGCGUUGUCGGCGCUGGGAUUAUUGGUAUGUCUACAGCAGUUGCACUACAACAGUAUAUACCGGAAGCAGAGGUAACCAUUGUAGCUGCGGAAUUCUCACCAAAUCUCACAUCAGAUGUUGCUGCCGGUCUCAUUGAACCAUAUCUUUGUCGUGAAAAUGACGAAAGAGUAAUUCGCUGGUGCCGUGUAACAAUGCGACACAUUAGAGAAUACAUGAAAGAGGUCCCAAAUGGUGGAGCUCAGGAAAUGUCAGGCUACCGUUUCAGCCAAGACACUAAUAUUCCGCGGUGGAUUACACUCAUGGAUAACGUCCACAUCCUUACUCCGCAAGAAAUUGAACAAAAACAUCCACAUCACCAGAAAUCUGGCGUGUUCUACACAACGUUAUACCUUCAACCGACAAAAUAUCUUCACUAUCUACGAAAUAAGUUCACUAACAACGGAGGUCGCCUUGUUAAACACUAUGUUGAGACGCUAAACAGCAUUACAGCCGAGUGUGACUGUAUUGUAAAUUGCACAGGAUUGGGAGCUAAAAAAUUGUUCACAGACGAUCAACUACAUCCAAUUAGAGGUCAGAUAAUUCGAGUUCAAUGCCCAGCUGUCAAGCAUUUUUUCAUGGAUGACACUUCCUACGUCCUUUUGAACGUUGAUCCGAAUACAGCACAGCAAAUAAUGCGGGCAAAUCAGGACAAUGUACUAGCUCUGAAGGAAUGCAGGGUUAUCUCCCAUCAUGUGGGCCUCCGACCUGGACGCAGCGAGGUCCGACUAGAGACGGAAAUACAAGAAGUUUGCGGAAAGAAGAUUUCAAUCGUUCACAACUAUGGCCAUGGAGGCAGCGGAGUGACUUUAUUCUGGGGAUGCGCGCUGGAUGUUGUGGACCUGGUUAAGAAGACCUUACAGAACAACAUAGUUGCAAAGAUUUGA